UACGAUGGUGAUAACCUUUCUGUCCAGCACGAGCCACCGUGAAUCGAACCCUACUUGGAUGCCAGGCACCGAUGCACGCUACCUUCCUCAGACCUUUAUGGGUCUUACGAGGCAGUUUUUUGGUGUGCCAUCGACUGAAUCGAAAUUUAGUAAGCACUAUCUGACGAGUCUUCCUCAGCAGUCCGAAAGAGGGGCUGCCGUUGAUCCCGAGUGCACUACCAAAGUCAAAACCGCGCAUGUGUUCUGUGAAGGCAACGAUAUCUACGACGCGACGUUAAAUCUCACCAACGUCCUCGAAAAUAACAACAAAUUUUACAUUCUUCAAAUUCUGAAAGAUAACGCAACCCAAAACUACAGCGUGUGGUUUCGAUGGGGUCGUGUGGGACUUCGAGGUCAGAGUAUGUUAACUUCAUGCGGAGACGAUGUUGAAGAGGCAAAGCGUUUGUUCUGCGAGAAGUUUUUUGCUAAAACGUUAAACGAAUGGGGGAACCGGUCAGAGUUCGAAAGCGUUCCUGGCAAAUAUGAUUUGGUGAAGGUAAACUACAGCAACGAGGAAGAAGAAAACGAUGAGAAAAAAGGGAAUGGUAAAAGUCGUUUAAAGAAAAGUCGGCGAACGCCACCUUCGAAACUGGACAAAAAGUUGCAGGCAGUAAUAAACCUCAUCUGCGACAUGCAGACGAUGGACGACUGUCUGAAGGAAAUGCGGUUCGACGCGUCCAAACUUCCUCUUGGGAAACUCACCCGGGAUCAGAUCACGGCUGGUUACGAAUCGCUGAAGAAGAUCGAGCGCUGCAUUAAGGCUGCGAAGCAAUCUCGCAACGCUUUAGCCAAUGCGUGCAAUGAAUACUAUACGCGUAUCCCUCAUUGUUUCGGGAUGCGUAGACCGCCGUUGAUUACCGAUUUGGACUCGGUUAAGACUGAGAUCGCUCUGCUGGAAGUACUAUCUGAUGCUGAAGUAACCGUACGAACCAUUAAAAAAAUGUCCGGGUCGAAGAAGAAUCCCAUUGAUAUGAAAUAUGACCAAAUGAUGUACAGUUUGGAGGCGAUAGGCCAUUCCUCCAACGAAUUCGGCAUCAUUGAGGCGUAUCUCCACAACACCCAUGGCCCGACUCAUGUGUUUUUCAAGUUGAAACUGAUAGAUCUCUUUAAAUGCCACCGCAAGAAUGGCAAAGAAAAUGAAAACGACGGUUUCUAUGACAUAAACAAUCAAACUUCGCUUUUACCGGUUUAUCGUUUUAGCAUGCUACUGUGGCACGGCUCCCGUCUUGUCAACUGGUACAGCAUUUUAUGUUCCGGCUUGAAAAUCGCGCCUCCAGAGGCACCCUCGACCGGCUACAUGUUUGGCAAAGGAAUAUACUUUGCGGACAUUUCAAGCAAAGCUGCCAACUACUGUAUGACAACGGAACAGAAGAACGUUGGAUUGGUGUUGCUCUGCGAAGUAGCUCUUGGAAAACAGGCCGAGUUGACUGAAGCCGAUUGUCAGGCUGCCGAACACCUGGGAAAAUGCAACAGCGUGAAGGGCGUUGGAAAACUGACUCCUGAUCCUUCAGAAAAUUAUAAGCUACCUGAUGGUUGCGUGAUUCCACUUGGACAUCCCGUGCCAAAUCGUCUUACCCAGGAAACUUGCCUCCAAUAUAACGAGUAUAUAGUAUAUGAUUUAUCUCAGAUUCGAUUGCGCUAUCUUGCCAAGCUGAAGUUCACUUACGAAUGUUAGAG